AUACAGCAGCAUCCAGGACCAGCAUCCGGAGCAUCAUCAUCCCUCCCUAUUCCUCUGGUGCCUCCUAUGGCAGCUUCUGCCUGCAGACUGCUCUCUCGGAUACUAUUCCUCUGCCUCCUUCACAAGCCUUCUGGGAUUACUGUGCUUGCUCUUGUUGGGAUGGGAUUUCUGGGGACCCAGACAUACUAAGUCCUUGCUCAUCAAUUUUUAUUUGGGAGCCAGAAUCACUGUCUGUAUAGACAUGGUGGUGGGAGAGCCUCACAGACCUGGCUGGACACUUUGUGAUUGCCUUUGCUCGUUGCUAUUGCCAUCUCUGUUACUCAUCAUAGCCCGGCCAGGGAAACUUGCAGCUUUUCCUACCUCCUUAAGUGACUGCCAAACCCCUACAGGCUGGAACUGUUCCGGUUUUGAUGACAGAGAAAAUGAUCUUUUUCUAUGUGAUACCAAUACCUGUAAGUUUGAUGGAGAGUGUUUAAGAAUUGGAGAUACUGUGACAUGCGAUUGUCAGUUCAAGUGCCCCCAUGAUUACACCCCAGUAUGUGGCUCUAAUGGUGUCACAUUCCAAAAUGAAUGCUAUUUAAGAGGAGCUGCCUGCAAACAGCAGAGUGAAAUUCUCAUCAUUUCUGAAGGCUCAUGUGUUUCAGAAGGAGGGUCUGGGUCUGGUGAUGGAGCUAAUGAAGGCUCAGGAGAAACCAGUCAAAAAGAGACAUCAACGUGCGACAUAUGUCAAUUUGGGGCAGAGUGUGAUGAAGAUGCUGAAGAUGUCUGGUGCGUGUGCAACAUAGACUGCUCUCACAUCAGUUUCAAUCCAGUUUGUGCUUCCGAUGGGAAAUCUUAUGAUAAUCCAUGUCAAAUCAAAGAGGCGUCAUGCCAGAAACAGGAGAAAAUUGAAGUCAAGUAUUUGGGUCGAUGUCAAGAAAAUAUCACAGCAACUACGAAAUCAGAAGAUAGCCAUUAUGCAAGAACAGACUACACAGAGAAUGCAAAUAAAUUAGAAGAAACAGCCAGAGGCCUAUAUAUCCCCUGUCCUGAACAUUAUGAGAAUUACUGUUUACAUGGGAAAUGUGAACAUCCUGUUAACAUGCUGAAGCCUUCUUGCAGAUGUGAUGCAGGGUACAGUGGGCCACAGUGUGAAAAGAAAGACUUCAAUGUGUUAUAUGUGGUACCUGGACCUGUCCGCUUUCAGUACGUCCUAAUAGCAGCUGUGAUAGGAACUGUUCAGAUUGCAAUUAUCUGCAUUGUUGUCCUCUGCAUAACAAGAAAGUGUCCAAGAAGCAACCGGAUCCACAGGCAAAAGCAAAACACCGGGCACUACAGUUCAGACAACACAACAAGAGCAUCGACACGGUUAAUUUAAAGCACGCAUGUUUCCACAAUGGCAAAUUUGUCAAAAAAGACAUUGGACUAGAUUAAUAUUAGUCAAGAAAAGGACAAGAGAUCUACACAUGUUGCCUUGCAUUUGUGUUAAUCUACACCAAUGAAAACAUGUACUACAGCUAUAUUUGAAUAUGUAUGGAUAUAUUUGAAAUAGUAUACAUUGUCUUGAUGUUUUUUUCUGUAAUGUAAAUAAACUAUUUAUAUCACACAA